AUGGCAGAAUGGUGCGCUGAAAAUCUCAGAGAUGUCGAGGGUUGGCGCAGCUCUGGUCUACCUUUGUCAACUUCCUCAAACGAAUGUGCCAAGCUGUUCGACGCAGGAGUCCGCCAAUUCGUCUCUUGGACAGAUUGUAAGCAGUUAGAUGGACUUGAGAAAACCAUGGAAAGUAUGACUGCUGCUGACCCUACAGCAGUACUGCCUCGUGCGUUCAAACUGGGUCUUGAUGCCAUUGGAACAGGGGUUGGCGCACGAACUAAUGAAAUAUUAAGGAGAUCCUUAGAUGAACUACAAGCAGAUGCUAACAGAUAUGGAAAUGAUAGAGAGAAACUGCAUGCGAAAGCUGUGCAG